AUGAGGUAUCCCCUGGAAAUGCCAGAGGAUACCAUGGAGAAUGAGGACUACAACUUCGAAGAUGAGAGCAUUGGUGAUGCAGAGAAUGAGGGAUUUGCAGACCUAGAUAUCCUGUCCACUGAACUUCAGCUCCGGGAGAAGCUGAACUCCCUACGAAGAGAAAAGGAACAUUUAGAGAAAUGCCUAGCUUUGAAGGAGAAAAUUGAGCAUCUACAAAGGGAAAAUGAACGUUUAGGGAAGUGCCUGGCCUUGAAGGAACAAGAAAAGAAACGUUUGGAAGUGAUAGUUGAGCAGAAGACGUUCCUCAAUGAGAAACGGGAAGCCAUGAAGAGUGCUCAAGAAGGUUCUAGUCGAGUUCCAGUUCAUGUUACUUUGCUGGAAUAUGACCCUCGAUUCCAGUCCUUGGAUGACAACCCUGCUCAAGUGUCCAAUCAUGGCCGAAAGAGGUCCCAUGCCCGUAGAUUGCAGCAGCAUUUGGACCACUUAACAUUGAUUGACCUCAUGAAUUCUUACAGGCUCUUCAUGGACACGAGGCUGGACCCAAGUCAUGUAGACCUUUUGCUCAACCUGAUCAAUGUAUCCUUUAACCAAGUUCAGGGAGAGAGCCUUCAUAACCAGAAGUUCCACUUCUUCAAGGGGAAGAGAAGUCUCUUGACAUAUCUCUUGGAACAGCAGCUGUCGAUACCACGAAGACAUCCCUUACGAGAUGUCCGAAACUGUCCGAAAGAUGUCCUCAGGAUAUCCUAUAAAGACCAGGGGACAAGUCGUCCAGUUGGAGAUAUCCUUGGGAUAUCACCGUGCUGUGUGAGUGUUGCUGCGCUUCAACUUCCUGCCAACGUUGGGCCCACAUUGGCCCAACGAUCAUUGGAUUCCAUGUUGGAGAAUGAAGAAAAAAAGCGGUGGAUUCCACGCUGGCAGUAUGUCCUGUUCCAAGGACAGUUGUUUCUUGUCUACUUCAUUGCUGGGCUGAAGAAAUUUAAUUGGGAUUGGCUUGGUGGGGGUUCUGUGGACAAGAUGACCAUCAGUCCCAUUCUUCAACUCCUCUGCUCAUGGUUGUUGACAGAGGAGCAGGUGAAAAGUUGGAUCCUGAGACUUGGAGGGGUUGUGUUUGACACUCUUGUUGGCCCAAUGUUGCUGUGGAAAAGGACUCGCACCCUGGCAAUCCUCCUCUCAGCUAUUUUCCAUCUGAGCAAUCACUUCACUUUUAACAUUGGU